GGGGUAAAACCCUAGAGACAACCUGUGGCUCCUUCAGAUCUAUCGGCACCGCCGCCGCCGCAAGCCCAACCCACCGCCACGGCCGCCGCCGCAACGGUUACGUCGUCAUCAAAAGCCGUCUCUGCGGUUUUAGGGUCAAAUACCAUAUAACCCUUGAAAAUUUUCAUUCCCAAAUCCGAAUCCUAAGCCCCAAAGCCAUCAAGAAAAAUGUCAUCCUUUGCUGCCGCCAGGUCUGUCCUCCGAUCUACAGCCACUCGAACCGCCUUGGGCUCCCGGCUUGCCUCCGGCUCCAGACCUAAACCUGCUUCUUCACCGUUCCGCAUUCCCAAACUGAAUCAGAACCGCCUCUCUCGUCCCACAUUCAGAAGGUCGGCCGAGGAGAUGAGCCGCUGCCUGGGAUCAUUGCUUCCUUAUCACAGUGCCACUGCCUCUGCAUUGCUUACUUCGAUGCUUUCAGACUCUUGCCGCACCUGCUGUUGGACUCCUGAAGAUCUUUGAUUUUCUGUUGGGAUGCUGUGCACUGUUGGUAGUUUUCAGUCCCCCACCAGCACCAAUCAUAAAUCACAUUUGUCUCAAAAACCUCUGCAACAUUUUACCUACCCAAACAAAGUUGUCUAAUUUUCAUUUCAUGUUAUUUAUGUCCAUGGCUUUUUCUUGCAUUGUAGAUGGUUGAUUGUUCUGUUGGGAUGGAGGUGCAGUGGUAGUUUUCAUAAAUUGAAUCAGACUUUGUAACAGAUGCUGGAAACAGUCAUAUUUAUUGAAGUUUAAUAUUUUGAAGGAGUUCUUCUUAUUUCAUGUUUAAAUACUUGUUAAAACUUCUCCCUCCACUCCACUGCAAUAUUAUUAAUUCCUGUGCCUCUAAUACAACUUUGAACUUUUCUUGGUCUUUCUUUU